GACUGAGGGGCUAGGAGGGCAGGGUUGGCGCGGGGCAGUGAUCUCCAACUGUCGCCGGUCUUCGCCCCUCCGCUGUGGGCUGCUAGCGCCUGCAGCUGUUGCGAGCGCCGCCCCGGCAACGAGUGACGCUAAGGCACGCUGGGCGGCCUGCUCCUCCCAGGCCUUGCCCUCAGCCUGUCCUCGCCCGUCUUCCCCCGGUCACCUUCGGGCCCGCAGCCCCACGACGCAGAUAUCACCAGGCUAAGACGGAUUAAAAGGGCAGCUUUAGCUACCAAGCUCUGUCGGCGUUAAUCACCCCCGACUCCUCAAUACGUCUUUGGUGCCCUGUCUAGCCCUCAAGGUGGACUGGCGCCGUGGGAGAGGAGCUGAGGUCUGAAGAGUUUCGCCAAGCAACUCGUGACGACCACCGUUGACUGAAGCGCCCGGAAUUGGCUGCGCUGCGACCUUCUCAGAUUUCCUCCCAGGGCAAGCUCCAGCAUGGGGUGAAGUACAGAAGAGAGACUUGAAGGGUGUACUCUGGUACUGAAUUACCAAACCUGCUCCCUAGAUCAGGGGUACAGAACAUCCUGCUUCAAAGGCAUGAGAAGAGAAUAUCCUGUAUUGGCCACUCCUGCCCAAUGUGGAGGGGAGCAGAAGCUCCUGAGCCCACCCCUGAAGGCCUUCAGAAAACGGAAAAUAACACGCAGUUUGAGGAGGUGCACCCUGGCGUGGGAGUGGCACACAUCCCUACCAGCCUGCAUUCCGGGAACUGCACCCCCCCACCCCCGGCCUGGCCCUCACCAUGUUAGCUGCAUCAGAGAUGGCGGCAGCAGCAGGAAGGCCUUACAUAUGCAGUGAGUGUGGCAAGAGCUUCCGCUACAGUUCGGUGCUGCUGCGUCAUGAGCGUGCUCAUGGCGGUGACAGCCGCUACCGCUGCCUAGACUGUGGUGAGCGCUAUGCCCUGGCUGCUGACCUCCGUGCGCACCGACGCGCCCAUGCUGGCCAAACGCUCUACAUCUGCAGUGAGUGCGGCCAGAGCUUCCGCCACAGCGGCUACCUCGACCUGCACCAGAGUGUACAUAGACAGCGCAGCCGCUCCUGCUCUUGCCGUGCCUGCGGCCGCAGCUUCCCACACCUCCCGGCUCUGCUGCUGCACCGGCGCCGCCUGCAUCCCCCAGAGCGGCCCCGCCGCUGUCCGCUGUGUGCCCGCACCUUCCGACAGAGCGCGCUACGCUUCCACCUGGUGCGCGCACACCCGUGGGGGCCACGCAUCACACCCACCGACCCACUGCACCGCUGCACACAAUGCCCACGGGCGUUCCGCAGCUACGCAGGGCUGCGGAGCCACGCGCGCGUCCACGUGGCCCGGAGCCCUGGAGACUCCACACCUCCGCAGCCUCAUGCUCCGGGUGCACACCAGUGCAGUGUGUGUGGGAAGAACUUUGGUAAGAGCUCAACACUAACACGACACCUGCAGAUUCACUCAGGUGAGAAGCCCUUCAAGUGCCCCGAGUGUGGAAAGGGCUUCUUGGAGAGUGCCACGCUCGUGCGCCAUCAGCGCACACACACAGGUGAGAAGCCCUACAUGUGCGGGGACUGUGGGCGCCGGUUCAGCGAGAGUUCCACCCUUUUGCGCCACAGGCGCAGCCACCAGGGAGAUCGGCCCCACGCAUGCACUACAUGUGGAAAGGGCUUUGGGCAGCGCUCUGACCUAGUGGUGCACCAGCGCAUACACACAGGCGAGAGGCCCUUCUCAUGUGCCGAGUGCGGCCGCCGCUUCAGCGACCGUUCUGACCUCACCAAGCACCGGCGCACACACACAGGCGAGAAACCCUACCAUUGUGAGUUGUGUGGCAAAUGCUUCACGUGCGUAUCUAACCUCAACGUGCACCGGCGCAACCAUGCUGGUCACAAGCCCCACAAAUGCCCUGAGUGCGGCAAGGCCUUCAGCGUGGGGUCCAAACUGGCACUGCACCGCAAGACACACCUGGGCGAGCGGCCAGCAGAAUGUGCUGAGUGCGGCAAGUGUUUCAGCCACAGUCGCUCGCUCUCACAGCACCAGCGGGCCCACACACGAGCGCGUGCCGCCACCGCUGCCACCCAAGCAACGGCAGGAGCUGCCCUCAUCUUUGCGGGGCAGGCAGAACGGGAGAAGCCGGACUUUUUGUGUCCCAGCUGAGGGAAACUUGCUGAGAAGCUUCUCUGGAACGGGCUCAGCAAGUACCAAUAUACUGCCGCAGGGAUGGUGGGGCAGCUCUGCAAAUGGGAGUCUGUAUAAAAACAGCAUGGCUGUCUGUCACCCCCUGUCACGCCCCUACAUCCAUUUCCCUUGUCAGCUCUUCCUGUCCAUCCUUCCUGCUACCUCUGGGGUAUAGGUGCAGGGAACUGGGAAAACCUAGACAUGGAAGAAAGCCCAGGUAUUGGUGUGUUCCCAUUGCUGCUACUGUGCCCUCAAAUGUUUUCUUCCUGGUUUCCCACCUGUAUUGUCUUCUCUUGUCCCGUCCCCUUUUUCCAGACUGAGUCUCCUCUAGCUCUCCUUCCUGGAUACUUUUGUUGUCCUGCCUCUUCAGGUAAUGAUCACAGGGUGGCCACAGGGACAACCCACCUGCCUUGCGGUCUUCUUGCCUCUUGGUUCCACUUGACAGCUUCUCUGCUGCUUUCUCCCUGGGCUCUGAGAGAUGGGAAAUUUUUAGGCAGAGAUGAUGAGAUUUCUCAUUUCUGUGAAAGGCAUCCUGCCAUAAGCAAUCAGCCUGCUGCCCAGCAGAGAAGGCCCACUCCAGUAAGGGUGGGCAGGAGCCCUCAGCAAAGCAUCCACCUGUCCCAUGGGCCAGACCUGAUGGUGUCCAGAUCAAGGUCCCUCUCAGGACACUGUUCUCUAGCUAGGUGGGCCACAUUAGCUUUGGGACCUAGACUUAGACCACAUGGAUAAAGCAGGAUAUUGCCAAAUGAAACAUCAGAAUGUUAUAUCCAAAUCAAUCUUGGAGCCAUGGGGAAACAGCUCCACAGAGGCAGUAGUGCAGGGUAGAAAAUCUGGAGUUGUCCAGUGAUUUUUUUUGCUUAUGGCUGUUGAAAUAAAGAGUUGUUUGUUUGGGUUCCGGA